GGACUAGGAUUUGGGAGAGCCGGAAAAGCUGUGUUGAGAUCCGAAGGAGAAACUGCGGAUUCCCGGAUCGUUUCUGCGUCAGAGCGACGGUGGGACUGAACCGACACCACCUGUGUGGAUUCAGUAAGGGAGCCGAGUUAUCUGUGUAGGAGACGUGUGUGUGAGCUUGGCUCUGUGACGAUGUGGAAAGCAGCAGCAGGACAGAAUGUUAAAGUGGCUGUAGACGACGGUGGAGAUGACUGGGAGACCGACCCAGACUUUGAGAAUGACGUCUCGGAGCAGGAGCAGAGGUGGGGUGCGAAGACUGUGGCCGGCUCAGGACAUCAGGAGCACAUCGACAUCCACCAGCUGCGUGAGACUGUGUCCACGGAGCACACCUCCCUGAAGCAGAAGGAGCUGGAGAACAUGCCCAAAGCCUCUCACGGAUAUGGAGGAAAGUUUGGACUCCAGCAGGACCGCAUGGACAAGUCUGCUGUGGGUCACGAGUACCAGAGCAAUUUGUCCAAGCACUGCUCGCAGACGGACACCUCCAAGGGCUUCGGAGGGAAGUAUGGAGUGCAGGCUGAUCGUGUUGACAAGUCAGCUGUUGGCUUUGAGUAUGCUGGAAAGACGGAGAAACACGCUUCACAGAAAGACUACUCCACUGGGUUUGGAGGGCGGUACGGUGUGCAGGCUGAUCGUGUUGACCAGAGUGCCUUGGGCUUCGAUUACCAGGGAAAAACGGAGAAGCACGAGUCGCAGAAAGAUUACGUGAAGGGCUUCGGGGGAAAGUUUGGAAUACAGUCGGACAGACAGGAUAAAUCUGCCCUGGGGUGGGAUCACCAGGAGAAGCUGCAGCUGCAUGAGUCUCAGAAAGAGUGCUGGAACGUUUGAGGAUGUGGAGAGACCGGCCCCAGCUUACCAGAAAACCAAACCUGUGGAGGCUGUUGGCCACAAUACGGGAAACAUCAAGACUCGCUUCGAGAACAUCGCCAAGCAGAAGGAGGAGGAGGACAAGAAGCGGGCUGAGGAGGAGCGAGCACGUCGACAGGCCAAGGAGAAGCAGGAGCAGGAGGAGGCUGCACGCAGCAAAACGGAGAUUGCAAGAGCACACUCCCCAGUCCCUGCUGCAAACCCCAGUCCUAUUCAGAGCCCGACUCCCCCAGUUCAGCCGGCUGAGGAGUACCAGUGUCGGACCAUGGACGAUGUUCCAGCUGCUGAGAGUGAAGAGCAGCUGUAUGAGGCCGACAGGCAGAAUGAAUACGAGCUGCCAGAUUUCUACCAGAACACAGACGAGCCUGCUGCAGCAGAAAAGCAGCAGUACGAGUACAGUGAGGACCUCGGGAUGACGGCCGUGGCUCUGUAUGAUUACCAAGCAGCCGGAGAUGACGAGAUUUCCUUUGACCCCGAUGACAUCAUCACCAACAUCGAAAUGAUUGACGAGGGCUGGUGGCGCGGCGUCUGCAAAGGCGCCUACGGCCUUUUCCCAGCCAAUUAUGUGGAGGUUCGGCAAUAAGAAUGUUGCGCUUUAUGUUGACCGUUGCAGGUCUCGGUCUCCCUCUCCUUUCACGGUCGAGCUUCAGCACUGUGCGAGAUGUCCUCCCGUCUCCUAACUAUAUUUCCCUUCCUGCUUCAUUGUCGGAUCAGAUGGUUUGGCUCCAACUGUAAACACGAGGUCUCAGCUUCACAGUAUCAGAAGUUUCAGCUUGUAAACCUAGUGUCUGUCAUUCUACUGCCUUGUUUUUGUAUUAACUUAGUUUCUUUUUCUUUCUUUUUUUUACUUGUAAGAUGAAAUAAAUUUAGCCUGAGUGGAGCAGAGCGUCUCACUGAGUCAUGUUUGGACUUGGCUGUGUUGCAGCUCCUUCAUGUUGACAGGAACAUUGUAAAAUAAAACUCCUUCAGGACUCCAUUGUGUAGAUUGAUAGACCAAAAAGCAGAUUUUUUUCUUCUUCUGAAGAAUAAAAGCGUUGAUUUUCCUGUGGAUUCCUAUGGACACCCUAGUCUGAGCUUAAUGUUGAGCUUUUCCAUCAGUCUUCUGGUUGAUUAGAGAUGACUGUGGGACUAAAUUUAUCCCAGAUUACACCCAAAGUGUUUAUCUUCUGGUGCAGUUCAUUAAUGCUCUUCUCAGAAUCAUGUAAAGUCAUUUGAAAGCUUGUUUUGGUUUAUUUUCUGCUCAAGGAACAGCUUUUAGUUUUUCUGCUGAAAAUGUUUGUGUUUUUGUCCUAAUGCUGCCAAUCUUCAGAAAACAGCAACAAGGCAACCUGUAGAAACUUUUCUAAUAUGCUGCGUUGGACGAUUGUGUAACUUCAGCAGGUGUGUGUGUGACGGUGUGUUUGAGGACAUUCACGUCAUCUUCGGGUUUUAUAAUAAAGUGACCUUUUUCAAAUGUAUCAUUAUUUUUCUCUGUAUCACUGUUUGCUUGA